AUGCCUGGCACUGCGUGCAUCUGCCCUUUUCAAGUCGAGGCUUCGGGCGACGACAAACCUGGCAAACACGCGACGUUUUGGCCGUCGAGCAAAGAGGUUCCUCCAGUUUCUCCACAUCAAGCGCCAGCAGACUUUGGAGGCCGGCGAGGCUUGGAGUCUUUGCCAGCUGCUAUCAGCGCCGAACUUUCUCCGAGCGUUCGGAGUGAUGGCAUGGGUCGCCGACGCAAUGCAGUUUACGCACAAAAGGAGCCUCCUGUUGUUGAAGGCCGGCGAACCACGACCACGACAUUCGUGGAGUCUUUGCCAGCUGCACUCGAUGCCGAACUUUCUCCGAGCGAUCAGCUGCUCAACUGCUUGAGAUUCUGGAAUGGGGCUGUGGAGUAUGUUCCGGAGCAGCUGCGUGGCGAUAGGGAUGCAGUGCUUGCUGCAGUAGAGGAAGACGGGAUGGUCUUGAAGCUUGCUGCAACGGAGCUGAAGAAUGACAAGGUCGUCGUGAUGGCUGCGGUGAAGCAGAACUGCCAGGCUGCGCAGUUUGCGGCUGAGAAGUUGCAGGAGGAUGGCGAGAUUUUGUUGGAGAUUGAACGCUCAAGCUGGGUGAAGAGAACGAAGGAUAUGGGCUUCCAGUUGAAGUUUGCUCCAGAGUACCUGCGCAACGACAAGGAGGUCGUGCUUGCUGCCGUAAGCGGUUGCGGUGCAGCCUUGGAGUUCGCGUCGGCAGAGCUGCAGACUGACUCAGAGGUUGUCUUGACUGCAGUGACGAACGAUGGAAUGGUCUUGAAGCUUGCGCCUGAAGCAAUGAAGUGCGACAAGAAAGUCGUCGUGGCUGCUGUGACGCAGAGUUGUAAAGCCGUCCAGUUUGCGUCCCAGGAGCUUCAGGAGGACGAAGAUGUGUUGAAAGCGAUGGCACCACGUGCAGAUGAUGAAAAGCAGCGAUGGCUGAAAAGACUGCAAAAACGUUAUUUUGAUUUACAAGAAGCACCGGAGCACCUGCGCCGCGACAAGGGCUUCGUGCUUGCUGCCAUUGGGCACGCUGGUGCAGCCUUUCGAUUUGCCCCGCCUGAGCUCCAAGCUGACCGGCAGGCGGUCCUUUCCGCAGUAAGACAGAAUGGAAUGGUGUUGGAGUUUGUGUCUGAGACGAUGAAGGACGACGAGACUGUGCUCACUGCAGUACGACAGAAUGGCAUGGCCUUGCAGUUCUCAGGUGCGACGAUGAAGGGCAAGAAGAAAGUUGUGCUGACCGCAGUAAGGCAGAAUGGAUUGGCUUUGGAGUUUGCUUCUGAGACGAUGAAGAAUGAUGAUGAAGCUGUGCGGACUGCUGUGCAACAGAAUGGCUUGGCCUUGGAGUUCUCGGGUGGCAGGAUGAGGGGCAACAAGGAGGUCGUCAUGGUUGCAGUCAGACAAAACAGCCAGUCCCUGUGCUUCUCAUCUCAGGACAUUCAAGAUGAUGAGCAAGUCGCUAAAGCAGCAGAAGAGAACCAGGCCAAAGCUGAGAUGGAAAAGUGGCUACGCAAGGCAUCGAGCUGCGUGGAAGUCCUUGAAAAGGCCCCGGACCAUAUAAAGGGGAACCCGGAUUUCGUCGUGUCAGCUAUGGUGCGCAGCUGCAAUGCCUGGAAAUUCGCUUCCAAAAUCCUGUGGACCAACAAGGAUGUUGUGCUAGCCGUGGUGAAGCAGAAAGGGGAGGCCCUGAAGCAUGCAUCCGAAGAGCUGAAGAACGACCCGGAGGUGGUCAUGACAGCGUUGAAAGAGAACGGCUGCGCUUAUCAGUUUGCUUCUGCCCGGCUCAAGCAAGACAGGCGCUUCUUGCUUCAGUCUGUGAAGGCCACAAAAGCCUCAUGGCUGGUGAAGUUUUGUUCCAAGGAGCUGCAGGAUGACGAAGAUCUGGAGAAGCAGAUCCUCCAAGCAACGGGAAGUGGCUUGAUCUUCACGUACUAUCACAGCCACAACGGCUUUUAUCAGUUGGGAUCCGAGUUCCUCGCAUGUAUGGCUUCAGUGCCGGGAGGUCCAGCGUAUGACAAUGUCAUGGAAGAACUAAAGAAGCGAGCAAAAGAACAAGAGAGCUGCACAGCGACUGUCUGGUUUGCAGAUGAGCCCGUCUUCGGCUUCAGCGCCGAUGAUGGAAGGUGGCUUCAUACCGCAGAGGAGUGUGGUCGAGAUGAUGUGCCAGUACCAUCCCCGCAAAAUCGGGAUGCGAUGUGGAACACCUUGGUGGAAUCCAGAUCUGAGAAGCUGGAACUUGCUGUCGGCACCCGCUAUAAGUGCUGGUGUUGCCGCUGGCUGAGGAAGGUAGCGCAAAGACAAAAGGAAGGUGCUGUGAUUUGCUGUGCCACAUCCAAUGUCUAUUUCCCAGAGUGGGUGGAGAAGUUUGGUGCUGGCUCUUCGGAGCUUAGCAAUGAGGCUGCCCACGACCACGGUCUUCGGCCGGAGAGUUUCAGCAAUUGCAACGGCUUGCCACACGGUUGGGGAAAGGGUUACAUCGAGCUUAACAGCUGCAGCGUACCACGCGCAGCACCAGUCCAUGAGCACACGAUGAAGCCUUUGGGCGAAGGCUGCCGUUGGGAGCGUCAGGUUCUCGACCAGCUUGGCUUUCCGGUAUACGCAUUUUUCUCCCCUUGA